UCAUUCUACGUACGGCACUGGCCGUUUGCGGAGGCUCUCCUUAGCAGAGAAACGGUGCGAGGGACGCGUCAGCAUCGCCAGGCGUCGAACGGCGUCGGUCUUGUUCCAUUCCCGAUCCGAUUUCCCAUCGUGCGACGCCGUAUCGUCCGCGGUCGGUGAUCGACAGUGCCCGUGGAUCGUUCGAUCGAUCGGUUUUGCACGUGCUGGAUCGUUGUGUGCCCGUGUUCUGGAUCCUCGCGCGGCGCCCCGCGAACAAACGUGCGCCAACUAUCGUUUCGGAGACACGCGUACUCUCCGCGUUAGAUGGAACAUCACGCCCAUGGCUUCUUAGCUUCCGUCCGAUAAUUCGAAACGAGGGGAGGAGAGUAAAAUGGCUCGAAUAUUGUCUUGCGAGACGAUUCUCGCGGCACUUCUAUUUUUGUUAACUAUCGCAUCGAAUGCUGCGGACCGGCAACAUGUCAGAGAAAGACAUCCGAUCAGAGGAUCUGUCCAGAGGGGAGAUAUGUCGCCUAUGGAGGUGACGGCGGAACGCCAUAAUUGGCCAAGGCUGACCGUUCCUGGCCCAAGAGGUCCGAACAUGAAGAGGAAGCAUCCUUGCGAGCAGAGCUCGUGUUACCCGGCGACUGGGAAUCUGUUAAUCGGUCGGAAAAAUCGUUUGGCGGCGUCGUCGACUUGCGGUCUCAAGGGACCGGAAAGAUACUGCAUUGUCACGCACUUGAAGGACCGGAAGAAGUGCUUCUUCUGCGACACGACGCACCCGAAGCAACAGCAUAACAUCGAGAACAUCGUCAGCGGGACCUGGUGGCAAGCGGAGAACGGCGUGGAGAACGUGUCGAUCAGCUUCGAUCCCGAGUCGGAGUUCCACAUCACCCACAUCAUCAUCAGCUUCCAGACGUUCCGGCCAGCGGCGAUGUUGAUCGAACGAUCGUUCGAUUUCGGGAAGACCUGGAAGGUCUAUCGAUAUUUCGCGCACAAUUGCGAGCAAUAUUUCCCCGGGGUUUCUACCGUCCCACCGCAGAGAUUGACGGACGUUAUCUGCGAGACGAGAUACUCCGCCGUGGCACCGUCAACUUUAGGUGAUGUUAUCUUCAGGGUGCUGCCGCAGAACCUUGAAAUCGACAAUCCUUACUCGAAGGAGGUGCAGAACCAGCUGAAGAUAACGAAUCUGCGCAUCAACAUGACAAGGCUGCACACGUUGGGCGACGACCUCCUGGACGAUCGCGCCGAGAUCCGCGAGAAGUACUACUACGCGAUCCAGAACAUGGUGAUCCGAGGAUCGUGCUCCUGCUACGGCCACGCUUCGAAGUGCGUCCCGCUUCCCGGCGUGCCCCACGAGGAAGGCAUGGUGCACGGCCGUUGCGAGUGCACCCACAACACGACGGGCCUCAACUGCGAGAAGUGCCAGGACUUCUACAACGAUCUGCCUUGGAAGCCGGCGGUGGGCAAGUGGACGAACGCCUGCAGACCUUGCAACUGCAACAACCACACGAAUUCCUGUCACUUCGACGAAACCGUCUACGAGCGAUCCGGCAGAGUGUCGGGCGGUGUCUGCGACAAUUGCCAGCACAACACCACGGGCCAAAAUUGCGAGCAAUGCAAGCCCUUCUUCUACCACGACCCUAGCAAAGACAUCUCGCACCCGGAGGCCUGCGUGCCCUGCGACUGCGACCUCGACGGUUCAUUGGACGACGGGAUCUGCGACUCCUACACCGAUGCUCCGACCGGCGAGGAGCCCGGUCGGUGUCAUUGCAAGAGCAACGUCGAAGGGCGUCGUUGCGAUCGCUGCAAGAACGGCUUCUGGGACUUCGACCCGGCGAACCCCGAAGGCUGCAAGGCCUGCACCUGCAACACCCUCGGCACCGUCGACAACCGCGGAUGCAACACGUACACCGGCGAGUGCACCUGCAAAAGAUACGUCACCGCACGGGACUGCAAUCAGUGUUUGCCAGACUAUUGGGGCCUCUCCGAAGAUCCCGACGGCUGCAAGCCCUGCGACUGCGACCCCGGAGGCUCCUACGAGAACUCCUGCGACGUCGUCACCGGACAAUGUCGCUGCAGACCUCACAUCAGCGGCAGAACAUGCAAUCAGCCUGAACAGAAUUAUUAUACAGGCUCCCUGGACUUUUUGAUUUACGAGGGGGAGCUGGCGAGAGCCACCGAUAACUGCCAGGUGGUGAUCAGGGAGCCUUAUCGCGACGGCAGGAACAGCACGUGGACGGGAACCGGGUUCAUGAAGGCUCUCGAAGGAUCCGGGCUGAACUUCACGAUCGACGACGUCAGGAAGACCUUGUGGUACGAGGUGAUCGUUCGAUACGAGCCAGUGCAACCUGGACCCUGGGAGGACGUGCAGAUCAUCAUCGAAAGGGACAGCCCUGUGGAUCCUAAUGGGCUCUGCAGGGAUUGGAGACCCGAGAAUGAUCAGCUGUGGGCGCAGUUGCCGGUCAGGUCCAGGAGCGUCGUCGCCGAGCCCGCUGUUUGCCUCGAAGCCGGGAAAAGAUAUAACGUGCUGCUACAGUUCCGGAAGUUCAACAGCCACGUGGACACACCCUCGGCGUCGAUCUUGGUCGACUCGAUCGUCCUGAGACCGAGGAUAAAGGACAUCCCUUUCUUCAGCACACCGGGCGUCGGGGAACUUCGCCGUCAGGAAUACGAAAGAUACCGUUGCAGCGACUACUUCAACGACAUCAACACCGUCUGGCCCAAUGUGCCUGAUGUUUGCAAAAAGUAUCAGAACAGCAUCGGCUACUACGUUUACGACGGAGCACACUCCUGCGAGUGCAACCCCACUGGGUCCCACAGCGUCCUCUGCGAGAACUACGGCGGCCCGUGUCCUUGCAAACCCAACGUGGUCGGCAGAAGAUGCGACCGUUGCGCGCCAGGAAUGUACGGAUUCGGGCCCGAGGGUUGCAUCCCCUGCGACUGCGACAGCGUCGGCGCUUUGGACAAUUUCUGCGAUGUGGAUACCGGCCGCUGCAAGUGUCGUCCGAAUACUUAUGGCAGAACCUGCGGCCAAUGCGAGCCUGGCUUCUGGAACUUCCCGCAUUGCCAACGGUGCGAAUGCAACGGCCAUGCUGAAAGCUGCGACUCGAAGACCGGCGCUUGCAUCAGUUGCCGAAACUUCACCACUGGACACAACUGCGACCGAUGCGUGGAGACUUACUAUGGCGAUCCCAGGAUUGGCGUCGAUAUACCUUGCAGGGCUUGUCCUUGUCCGGGAACCCUGGACUCCGGCCACUCGUACGCCAACAGCUGUUCUCUGGACUCAAUGACCCACGACGUGAUCUGCGAGUGCUUCGACGGCUACACCGGGCCCCGCUGCGAGAACUGCGCCGAGAACUACUUCGGUAACCCCGAGGUUCCCAGUGGCACCUGCGAGCCUUGCAACUGCAACAACAACACCGAUCUACGAGCACCCGGAAACUGUGACCCGCACACCGGUCGUUGCCUCCAAUGUCUGCACAACACCGACGGUGCUAAUUGCCAGAUCUGCAAGGCAGGCUUCUACGGGAACGCGUUGAAACAGGACUGCCAAAGGUGCGAGUGCAAUCCUUUGGGGACCGACAGCGAAGCUGGACCUUGCAACCAUCGCGGUGGCCAGUGUCCGUGUCUACCUCACGUGAUCGGACAGCUCUGCGACACCUGCGAGGAGAACCAUUGGAAGAUUGCCAGCGGGCAAGGCUGCGAGCCUUGCGAGUGCGACGCUGUUGGAAGCGUUUCUGACAGGUGCGAUCCAUACUACGGCACUUGCGAGUGCAAGCCAGGCUUCGGCGGAAGGCAGUGCAGCGAGUGCCAGACCAAUUACUGGGGCAACCCUAACGUCGAGUGCUAUCCUUGCGACUGCGACCUCGCCGGGUCCUCGAGCCAGCAGUGCGACAGAGAGACCGGGAUGUGCGUGUGCAAGAAAGGAAUCGGCGGUGAGAAGUGCGACCAAUGUUACCGGGGCUUCUACGGGAACGCGCCCCAGUGCGCACCCUGCGGAGAAUGCUUCGACAACUGGGACAUAACUCUGUCCGGCCUGAAGAACAAGACGGACCUAGUGAUCCUGGAGGCGUCCAGGAUCCAGAAGGUCGGCACCACAGGCGUGUACAGCCAGGAGUUCGACGACAUGAUCAAUUCGCUGGACCAGGUGAAGAGUCUGGUGAGCAGCGCGUCCAUCAGGAGCCAGGACCUCGACGAGCUCAGCGACUUGGCUACCGUGCUAUCGGCGAACGUCUCGAACUCUGCCAAGCAGCUGGAAGAGGCUAACAAUGUUCUAGAGAACGUCAAUCAUAGAGUGAACUUGGGCGACACUACUCUGAAAUACAUCAAGAACAAGACGAACAACCUGCACCAGGCUGCCACGGAUUUGAAGGAGAACGCGACCCGGCUGCAAGAGGAGAACGUUCUCGGUGCUCUAAACGUUACCCAGCAAAUGGCCGAGCAGUCCAAGCAGGCCGAGAAGAUGGCGAACGACACCAGCAACGUGCUAGCUGACGCGGAGAGGUUCAGGAAACACACGGAGACCUUGCUGGCCAAGAACAGAUACAUCGUCGACGAGGCCCAGGAGGCAAACAAAGCGUCCUUGGCCGUGAUAGAUGAGAAACUGAGGGCGUUCAAUAGCAUCAUGCCCGGGUUGAACCUGCAGAUGUGCGGCGACAAUGUCACUGAUUGCAGCAACGUCUGCGGAGGUGCGGCGUGCGGUUUCUGCGGGGGAUUGUCCUGCGAUGCUGGAGCCGUGACCAAGGCCAACCAGGCGUUGGACGUCGCUAACAAGCAGGCGGCCAAGAUGAAGACGCACAAGGACGAGGCUGAGCAGUUGCUGCGCAAUCUGGCCCAGGUGACCCGAGACGGUGUCACGGCAAGGUCGAACGCGCAGGAUGCCUUCAACUUCGCCCUGAGAGCGCGAAACCUGUCCGACAACGUGACGAAGGAUCUAUCCGACAUCAACAAGCGGAUCAAGAGCACGCUGGACGAGGACCAGCCGACUCCAACGAUGGUCAGGGACCUGGCGAAAGAGAUCAUCAACAAGAACAUCCAGCUGAAACCCGACGAGAUCAAGGACUUGGCCGAGCGAAUAAACACCAUCGUUGGUUCCUUGACCGACCCUGAAAAGAUCCUGGCAGACACCAGGGACGACCUCUAUCUGGCUAUGGAAUUGAAGGAGAAAGCUGACAGAGCGAAGGAGUACGCUUUGGGCAAUCAAACGCAAGCAAACGAGGUGGUGGUGCUUUUGAACGAUGCCCAAAAGGCGCAGAAUCUCGCUCAGUUAGCGAUCGAUCAGGCUGAGAGAGACGUGAAGAAGUCGGAGAAGGAUCUCCAGGAGAUCGCAGAAGUGACAAGAGGCGCCCUGAUGCAAGCGAACAGCACCACGCAGACGGUGGACGACCUGGACGCUCGUCUGAAGCAGCUGCAGACGCAGCAGGUGAAGAACGACUUCGUCAUGAACCAGGAAAUCGCCGUACAGAUGAAGAAGGUGGCCGAGGACGCUCAGGACGUCGACACCAAGACGAAGAAAUUAGCGGAGGAGUAUCGCAAGGUCGACGUGUCCUUGGAUCUAAGCGUGAACAAGAGCAAGGACAACAUCCAGAAGGCCACGAAGCUCCUGCAAAGGGCGUCCGAGCUGACCGUCGACACCUCUACCAAGUUCAAGGACCUCGACGGUAUGGAGAGCGUCUACAGGGACAACGAGCGGAUGCUGUCCGAUCUGAUGACCGAGGUCGACACUCUUAUGGGCGAGAUGCAGAAGCAUCUAGCUGAGAUCGACAGGAAAGCUCAGCUCUAUCGGCAAUGCACAUCCUGAGCACCUGCGGGAGCCAAAAUUUUGUUGACGAUAGCUUGAUGUUUUAUGCGGGAUCUUCUUAACACGUUCACCGCUGAUUCGUAAGAUCAUAGUAGUUUAGGUAGGCGAGUUUAACGGGACGGUCACUCCUUUCGUUUUUUUCUAGAUUUUCUGUAAAUGUUAAUUAAAUUUGAUUUGCCAAAGAGAAGAAUUGAUUUUGAUGGUGAACACAGAACUGUCGCGAACAGUCGAAAUGAUUUGAUUAAUUUUGCAAGUAAACGUCGCCGAAUUUAGCACAGUCGUUAUUAUUUUCAUACUUCUCGGUCUUGCAUACCUUUAGGAAACGCUCAAUUUAUUUAAUUAUAUCACGAUUCAAAUCAGUUUAAAGACAGUCGAGGAAAAAUCUUUCAAAAUCAAAGGCAUUUAACGAGCCUGUAACUGCAGAGCUUUUGGCACACCAAUCGCUUCUUUAACGUUUGGGAAGCGUUUGUCCGGGUUCUAUUUCGACCCAGAAUAUAAAAAUACAAUCGUUCGACUAAUCAGUUUAUACCAAUCGAUUUCGUAUAGUAGUUGUUCUACCGAGAAUAAUUAAAAAAUCAGUAUGUAUAGAAGAAAUACCUUCGAAAAUUAUAUUUGACGAAACUGUGAAUGAUCUUGAGUCGUUGUUGAACAUAUAGUUAUUAACAAGGUUCGCUGUCAGUCCACGAAAUUGCAACGUGUGCAAAGGAAUAAUUUACUACUAUUUUCAACGAACAUAGUGGUCAACGUGUUAACGAGAGGGGGGUCUAUAUGUAUAGGGGCCCAAAAAUGUGUACAUUGGAGCAUCGGUUUCGUCGGUGCUGAGCUUACCAUGGCGUAAUCGUAUUUCGAUAGAGCAGAGAUGAUACAGUUUAGAAAGUAGGUAAUUUAAAAGAUUUUAAAACGGCGAUAUUCUGGAUUUGAAAGGGAGCAAUUGCACAGUGCCAUAAAUGUAACGACGGGGCCACAUUAUUGUUAGACCGUAUCUGUAGAUAUUUGUAACAUUUUUCGAGCCCGGUGGGCCGUCUUUUCGAACUUUUUGAAUAUAUAUAUAUAUACAUAUA